AUGUUCUCGCUCAGGAAAGAGCGGCUUCGAGAGAUGGGUACCAAUCUAGGCAACACCAUCUGCGGUUCACCUAUAAUUGAGCCUAUAUUCUCGGACAUAACUCUCUGUCAGCCCAAAGAUUGCGAACAUCUUUACUAUCUCGUCGCAAUCGGAUCAGCGCGUUCAUUGCGCGAAUGUCUGUUUUGGCCACAGGGAAAGACGUGCGACGUUAAUGCACUUCCAACAGUGAUUAAAACCAUCCGUAUAAGCAAUUCGGACGAGGCUGCCUGGAUGGCGACGGAUGAACAUCUUCCAAAACUACUCCCGUUGCUAGCGUCCAUAUCCACCGUCGUCAUCUCCAAUUUUGACUGGAGUACAGCUCGCGUGGCCCUAUUUAACGCUUUGCUCGAGUUACUCGUUAGAGCGAGGUCUUUGGAGAUGAGGAACGUUUCGGGUGUUCCCAUGGCCCAAUUUGCGCAUUACCCCCAACUCAAGAACUUGAAGCUGGACGGUGUUACACCCUCUAGAGGUGGAGACUGUAUGUGUUUUGACCAUUUUAUGCAAGAUCGGCACAAGAAGCUACACCUCAGAUCUCUCACUGUAAUAAACUGCGUCGCCGCGAUGAAGGAAUUGGUUUUUUGCCUUUCUAAUUCGAAGUCGCGCCUCGACUUGGACCAUCUUGAUAUCUUGGAGAUUGGGUGUUCUAAUUCCGACGACAUGGCUUUGGUAUGGUCCAAAUUCUCCUCUUUUUCAAAGGCGAUCAAGUGCCUGAAGAUCGCUCAUAUACUACCUGGUAAGGACGAUGACAAGAAUGACCGUCCAUUAAAAACGCUCAAUCUCAGCCAAUUUCCUAACCUCACAUCACUGGUAAUCGCCGUCGACUACCAAUACAUCUUGGACACGGAUUACGGUCACAACCCCUUGCCCGAUCUGAUCGUGCUCCUUCACGCUGCAAAACAACUUCAACGGCCACGGAUAGAGCAGCUCUCCCUCGAUCUCAAUCUUUUGCGAAUCACGCCCCACGUCACCGUUGAUGAUACGGAGCAACUGAUGGAGGUCGAUGGCCGUGUAGUUGAGUUGUCCACCGCGCCGCUAUGGAACCGUUUGGUUCAAGUUUUAGCGGGUAGUAUUUCGAUUAAGAGCCUUAGCAUUGCUCUUGAUGUUGGGCAUGAGGUGUGGCUUGUGCGAUUCCGGGAUGGACUUAGGAGGGACUGUAAUGGGUUGAGGAAACUCGAGGAAAAGGGGAUCAUAGUCACAAUUGGCCAACGGAUUCGAUCUUAG